AUGAAUGAUGAUAAUUUGGGUCGUGGUGUGACUAAAGCGCGUGUGCCUCAUCUUUUAAUUGAAUUUCAAAUACUGGAAGUGGACAGCAGAAAUUCAUGCGAAAUGCAACAUUCCACCUCAUUCGAGCGUGAUGAAUGGGGGAAAACUCUCAAAAGGAGAAAUCAGUUGGAAACAGAAAAGUGGUGUUCUAUGCACUUACUGAUGUUAGAGGUAAUGUUUGAAACCGGAAUCCGUUCCUUAACUCCAGUUUCUCAACAAAUAAUUACUUUUCCAUAUACAACUAUAAUUUUCUUUCGAUGUAUUAUGAAUAACAGAAAUAAGGGCCCACAUGAUAUAUUACCUAUAAUGCAUUUUGUAUCAAAAUCUUUGGCCAUCAGACUAAAUGUAUCAUUAGAAGCAGAAUACAAAGUAAUCGUUUGUUCCUACUUUUUAUGUUUAAUGCACGAAAUAAUUACAUUAACUUAUGCAGACCGUGAAAAGUUAUGGGUACAAUUCACAGCUCGCAUCAUGAUUCGCAUGGAAAUUGUCCAAGCAAAAUAUUCGAACAAGCUUCUGCCACAAGAAGUAAAACGCCAAGGAAGUCUUAGAGGUCGCUUUUUAAAACAUGAACGUGUGUUGCACUUCCACAGGCCCCAAAUUACUUUUAAUAGCACAUUUACUGUUCCCCAGUGGAUCACUGCACUGCCUAACCAACAUGCUUCAAAUAAACAUAUAGAAAAUUGGGAAAUUCAAAAACGAAAUUUGGAAGUAGGUAUUGUUUUGCGAACCAGACAAACAUUUUGGCUAAUUGCAAUGGAAGGUAUAUUUGGUUGCAUAUUGCAGAAUGAAGGAGUCAUUGUUAUUUUAACGACGUUGAAGUUCAAAAAGCUUAGUGAACCCGGAAUAAGUUUGGUCAAAAACAAUGAUCAAGUGGUCUUAUUACAAAAUAAAUUAAUUUCGCAAAUUUUCACAGCAAAUAAUUGUAAUAUUGCACAUGAACGUAGAAAAUUGGCUGAGAUUUAUUGUAAAUAUUACAAUCCGAAAUGCCAAAUCCAAUGCUUGCUUCUUGAAGUCAUUCACGCAGGUCUUCUUUCGAAGAUUUCAUUUUGA